AUGGCAAACUUGGCUUUCCUUGCUUCUAUUUUUCUCUCGUUCGUUUCUCUUCCUAAUCUUUCUCGAGCAAUUUCUUCUUGCAAUGGCCCGUGUCAGAGCCUGAACGACUGCACGGGCCAAUUGAUUUGUAUAAAUGGUAAAUGCAACGACGAUCCUAACAUUGGGACUCACGUCUGUUCGAAUGGAGGCGGCGGAGGAGGGAAAUUUCCUCCAUCUUCAAGCAAUGAUUGUCAGCCCUUUGGGAGCUUGCACUGCAAGGAAAAAUCAUUUCCGCAGUUCAAGUGCUCACCACAGGUGACUUCCUCCACUCGAGCCAUCCUCACAAACAAUGACUUCAGCAAAGGUGGUGAUGGUGGAGAUCCAUCGGAAUGCGAUGGCAAGUUCCAUCACAACUCUCAUCCAAUAGUGGCGUUGUCCACAGGUUGGUACAAUGGAGGCUCGAGAUGUGGGAAGAAAAUCAGAAUUACGGCUAGAAAUGGGAGGUCGGUGUUGGCCAAGGUGGUGGAUGAGUGUGACACUAUAAAUGGAUGUGACAAGGCGCAUGCUCAUCAACCACCGUGUCGUAACAAUAUUGUAGAUGGCUCAAACGGAGUGUGGCAUGCUUUGGGACUUGACAUAGAUGUGGGUGAAGAACCUGUCAUUUGGUCGGAUGCUUAG